CCUACCACCACCACAUCUCUCACGCACGCAUGUCCCUCUUCGGAGGCACAACCUUUGGCGGGGCCCGCCCUCUUGGUGGAGCAACCGGCUCGACCUUUGGCUCCACGACACCGUCUGCGCCUGCCGCCUCGUCAACCGCAGGCUCCUCAGCAGAAAAAGACAUCGAAAUCUCCCAACCUCCCACCGACGGCGUCUCCUCCCUUUCCUGGUCCCCCACAGCAGACUUCCUCGCCGCCUCAUGCUGGGACAACAAUGUCCGCAUCUACGGCAUUGAGUCGAACGGAUCGAGUGCCCCGAAGGCGUCAUAUGCACACCAAGGGCCCGUGUUGGACGUUACUUGGUCCAAGGAUGGCAACAAGAUACUCAGCUGUGGUGCAGACAAGGCGGCGAGGUUAUACGAUGUGACGAGUGGACAGCAGCAGCAGGUCGCGGCACACGAUGCGCCCAUCAGAAAUUUGAGAUGGAUCGAUCAGAAUGGGGGCAUUCUGGCGACGGGCAGUUGGGAUAAGACGGUCAAGUACUGGGAUCUCAGGUCACCACAGCCGAUAGCGACGGCGCAGCUGGCAGAGCGAUGCUACUCGAUGGACUUUGCAUGGCCGUACCUCAUUGUGGCCUGCGCUGAGAGGAAGAUACAGGUCUUCGACCUCAGCCAGAACCCGAGCAACGCAAUUAUGACAAUCGACUCUCCCCUGAAAUGGCAGACACGCUGCGUAGCCGCCUUCCAGCGACAAGACCCGCCAGGCUCGCCCAUCCCGCCCCCAGGAUACGCUGUAGGCUCCGUCGAAGGGCGCGUGGCUAUUCAGUACAUCAAAGAAGAGAACAAGAAUCUCAACUUCUCCUUCAAAUGCCACCGCAAAGACGGUCCUACCGCUCGCGACCCACAGCAACUCUACCCCGUCAAUGCAAUCAGCUUUCAUCCGAUUCACGGAACCUUCUCCACUGCAGGAGGGGACGGUGGGCUCUCCUUCUGGGACAAGGACUCCAAGACUCGUCUCAAGACCUUUGAAAGCAAGCCUGCCCCGAUCUCCUGCACGGCCUUCAACCGCAACGGCACCAUCUUUGCCUAUGCGGCAUCGUAUGACUGGCACAAAGGAUGGCAGGGUGCUCCUGCGCCUAACACGCCGCAGAACAUCUACCUGCAUGGGUGCAAGGACGAAGAGGUCAAGAGGAGGCCGAAGAAGUAG